CAGCAGGAGGAGCAGCAGACCGGACUGUAGUCUGUGUGACAGGUGCCGCACACCGCGAUGACAGCGACACGUGUGCUGCUGAUGAUGAUGAUGAUGGUGAUGGUGGUGGUGGUGAUGAUGAUGAUGCCGCUCUGCUCCUCCGCAGACGAAGACCCGCAGUAUUCCGCCACGGUCAGAGAAUACUUUGUAGCAGCUGUAGAAAUCGGCUGGGACUAUAUUCAUCUGGAAGAUGCUGAACCACCGUCAGCUGAACAAAGGAGAUCAAGAUCCAGAGACAUUACACAAAAAUACAUCAAGGCAGUUUACAGGGAGUAUACAGAUUCUACAUACACUGUCCCCAAGCCAAGACCAGCAUGGACAGGUAUUCAAGGUCCGGUGAUCGUUGCCCAGGCUGGUGAUCGGGUGGUGGUCCACUUCAAAAACCUUGCCUCUCAGUCCUACAGUAUCAGCCCUGUUGGAGUCACAUACUGGAAACAGUCUGAAGGAGCUGGGUACGAUGACUCUACAGCGGGUCAGGAGAAGGAGGAUGAUGCCGUCUCUCCAGGAGGAUACUUUGAAUAUGUGUGGGACAUCAGUCCCAAAGAUGGACCCACCAGCAGCGACCCUGACUGCCUCACUUACUCAUACUCCUCCCAGGUGGACACAGUCAGAGACGUCAACUCGGGACUCAUCGGUGCCUUGCUCAUCUGCAAAUCCAGUGCCCUCACAGACGAAGGCAAGAGGAGAAGCCCAGCAUUUGUCCUGUUUUUUGCAGUAUUUGACGAGACCAAGAGCUGGUAUGGAGAGUUAGGAGAGAGGAUGAGCCGAGAGAAGUUCAAGAGGAGCAAUAACAGGAAGAAAUACCACACCAUCAAUGGAUAUAUUAACUCUACGUUACCUGGUUUGACAAUGUGUCAAGGCCGCAAUCAUGUGUUUUGGCAUUUGAUUGGCGUAGGCUCAGCGCCUGAAAUCCACUCCAUUCAGUUCCAGGAUCACUCUCUGCAGGUGUUGACUCAUCGUAAGGUCACCAUGGAGGUGACCCCCAUGACCUUUAUCACAGCGGAAAUGAGACCUGCUACGAUCGGACGCUUCCUCAUCAGCUGUCAGAUCCAUUCACAUCGCCACGAUGGUAUGAACGCGUUGUUCACGGUGGAGAAAUGCCCCGAAGUCGUCGCCGUGCCGGGACCAGAUCUGCGUAACGUCAAACACAGUGAAUUGGGCGACUAUGGUGAAGACUACAGUGAGGAAUAUUCCGAGCAUUUGUUCAAUACUAUAAGCUUUCAGCCUAGGAAACCUCAAGUGCAGGUGAGAUCCAGCAGAGGACAGGACUCAAAAACCUGGGAGCAUUUUAUUGCUGCUGAGGAAGUCACAUGGGACUACGCACCUCACCUCAAACCCACAGACAGUGAUUUGAAGUCCAGAUAUUUCCCUGCGUCGCCCCAUCACCUGGGUUACAAGUACAAAAAGGUUGUGUAUGUAGAAUACACGGAUGCAUCGUUCACUGUGAGGAAAAGCCCUGCCAAGAACUUACUGGGUCCACUUCUGAAAGGAAAAGUCAAUGAUCAGUUCCACAUCACUUUUAGAAACCUGGCCAGUCGACCCUUUAAUAUUUACCCCAAUGGCCUGACCAAGAUCUCCCCACUCCAGCGAAGCACAAAUGAUGCAGAGCAGGACUUGCGCUCCAUGGGCGUGCCCCCGAACGGGACGUUUGGCUACAUUUGGAGGCUAACAACAGAUGAUGGGCCCCUGCAGGGAGACCCCCAGUGUCUCACCCAGCUGUAUCAGAGCACUGUCUCACCAGAGAGGGACUUGGUAUCGGGACUGGUGGGCACGCUGCUCAUCUGCAAGUAUGAUGCCAUCGACAGAAGAGGACGCCUGGUGGGCCCAGAUAAAGAGUGGAGUUUGACUUUCGCUGUCUUUGAUGAGAACCGAAGUUGGUACUUCAAUGAAAACAUGCAGAAGUACAACCAGAACUCCUCAAACCUCAACGACCCGGAAUUCUACAACUCCAAUGUCAUUUACAGUGUGAAUGGCAUCAUGUUCAGCGGGCGUCAGUUCGUGAUGUGUCAGACUGAUGUCACAUUCUGGCAUGUGGCCAGUGUGGGAACCCAGAGUGACUUCCUUUCUGUUUACUUUACGGGAAACCUGUUUCAGUACCAAGGCCUUUACCAGUCAGUUCUCACCCUGUUCCCCAUGACUGGCAUGACUGUUCCCAUGGAGACAGAGUUGUCAGGUGAGUGGGAGAUCAGUGCCUUUGACGGCAGCCUCAAAAGCCGCGGCAUGAGCAUCCAGUACACCGUCCGUCCCUGUGACAAUGCAGAGCUCCCGCUAGUCGAUCGAGACGGAAGUGAAGAGGAUCUCUCUGACUACAUCGAUCAGAUCAGUCUACGGCCCAGAAGCAGAAGACCUCAGAAUGAUACUGUUUUGGUUCAGCUGAGGAGAGUCACAGGAUCAUCAGAAGACGAAGAAACCCCAAACAAUGUGUCAGAGGGAGGAAUCCCUCAGGAUAUCCUGGAGGCCAUCGAGAGGAAUGGGCAGCGGAUAGUUAGCAAGAACAAGACUGACAGUGGAGAAAGGAGAGGCGGCAGACAGAGAAGACAAGUCGAGGGAAACUGUACACAUGGAGACAUCACCUCGGGAGCCUCGGAAGAUGGAGCUGCUGGGAUAGAGAUGGGUGGAGAGAAAAUGGAAAACUGGACUGACGCUAGUGCCGAGGUAAAGUCUGAGGAAUGGAGUGAAACGUCAAGUGAUACGACAGAGUCAAUGGAGACGUCGGAAGAAAGCAAUGAGAUCUUAUUGAACAGUGAUGGAAAGACAGUGUCACCGGUGGAGCCGGGUGCUUCGGAAGAAAGGGUUGAAAGCUUUGUGUGGAAAAAUCACAUCCAGACUGAACCUGGCCGGAAAUACAACUACACCACUGAAAACAACAACAGAACACAAACGGAUCUGUCCCUGGAGUACGACUAUGACUACAGCAGUCAGAUGAACACCACAUCAGAUAUGUUUUCCUCAGAUUACCUGGACCCACGCUCAGGAGGCAAUAUAUACCGCACUUUCUACAUCGCUGCAGAGGAGAUCGCGUGGGACUACGGCAUCAAAAAACCACAUCAGCUCAUCAAACCCAGAGAGAUGCGUCGAGGGAUGAGGAAGUUCCUGCCACAGUAUAAGAAGGUGGUGUUCAGAGGCUACAGAGAUGAAGACUUCCUCCAUCCCGUACACAUAGGAGAGCUUCAGGAACACCUGGGAAUCAUGGGACCGUUCAUCAGAGCUGAGAUUAACGACCUUGUGACAGUGAUCUUCAAAAACAAGGCAUCCAGGCCGUACUCGUUUCACCUGCACGGAGUCUAUGACCGCAGCCAAGGGGCCGGCAUAGCUCAAACCUAUGCCUCCUCUGCACCACCGGGUGUUCCAGGAGAGCCUGUGGCUCCUGGGGAGGCACGGACCUACAACUGGAGGAUAACCAGGAAACAAGGACCCACUGACAUUGAAUUUGCCUGCAAGACCGGAGCUUACUAUUCCACUGUUGACAAGGAGAGGGACCUUCACUCAGGUCUGAUCGGUCCACUGGUCGUCUGUAAGCCCGGCACCCUUCGGACUCGUCAGAACACUCAGCCAGACAUCCAGGAGUUUUCCCUGCUCUUCCACACCUUUGAUGAAACUAAAAGCUGGUACCUGGAAGAGAAUCUACAGAAGCACUGUGUGCCGCCGUGUCAGGUCAACACUGAGGAUCCCUGGUAUCACACCAGCAACAAGUUUGCAGCAAUCAAUGGUUAUGUGGCUGAGACACUACCCGGUCUGUUGGUCGCCCAGCACCAGCAGGUGAGGUGGCACUUGUUGAAUGUAGGAAGUGACGGCGAGUACCACGCCGUGCACUUCCACGGUUUGCCGUUCACCGUUCGCACUGACGAGGAACACCGGCUGGGGGUCUACAACCUUUUCCCUGGAGUGUUUGGCACAGUAGAGAUGAGACCCCCUACAGUGGGCACUUGGUUGGUGGAGUGCACUGUUGGAGAUUACCAGAUGGCCGGCAUGAGGGCUAAACUACUGGUGUAUAAUCCACGAUGUGUGUUGCCUCUGGGCAUGAAAUCGGGAAGAAUUGAGGAUUUCCAGAUCACGGCAUCAGAUUACAUCGAUAGCUGGGAGCCUCGGCUGGCGAGGCUGGAUCUGACCGGUUACAUCAACGCCUGGAUGGGCAGAAACAAGAUGUCAUGGCUACAGGUGGACCUCCAGAGGCCAACCCUGCUGCAUGGUGUGCAGACACAGGGAGUCAGGUCAAAGCUGAGGGACCACUACAUCACAUUCUUCACUGUCGCCUACAGUCUGGACCUGGAUAACUGGAUGAUUUACAGAGGAAACAGCACCCGGCAGAACAAGGUAUUUCACGGCAACAUGGACAGUAGCAGGGUGAAAAUCAACCACUUCGUUCCGCCGUUUGUGGCUCGCUACGUCAGGAUUGAGCCGUUCAGCUUUGUGCAAAAGCCUGCUCUCCGACUGGAGCUGCUGGGCUGCGAUCUCAACAGCUGCUCCAUCCCUCUUGGACUCCAGAGGGGGAUUCCUGACAGUAGCUUUAGUGCUUCCUCAUUUCAAUCGUCUCUGCUGCGUAAGUGGAGCCCCUACCUGGCCCGGCUGCAUCAGGAAGGAGGAGCCAAUGCCUGGAGGCCAAAGCACGACAACCCACACGAGUGGCUGCAGGUUGACUUGGGUAAAGUGAGACGCAUCACUGGAGUCAUAACACAAGGAGCUACGUCACUGUUGACCCAAAUGAUGGUGACAGAGUUCUCUGUCGCCGUCAGUCACGAUGAAGUCUCCUGGAGCAGCGUGUUGGAGGACAACUCCCAGAGAGAACAGAUCUUCACAGGAAACAACGACCCGGACGAGGAAGCUGUCGCUGUUUUUGAUCCUCCCUUAUUCGGCCGUUACCUCCGCAUCCACCCGCGGGGCUGGAUCAACAGCAUCGCCCUGCGUCUGGAGAUCCUGGGCUGUGACACGCAGCAGGUGUUCUAAAGGCACUGCGCUCACCAGCCUGUGUGUGUGUGUAUGUAAAGAAGGAGGAGUUAAGUUAUACAUCACUUUUUAGGACUUUGUACAAGAAAAGCUAUUUCUUAUGCAGCCACGACGUUGUUUACAUUUUCACCUUUUUUGUUGUUUUUUUUUGCUAAUGUGGCGCUACUAAAGUGGAUAUAACGUGUUAAAGGUAUAGCUAACACUUUUAGCGGAUAAGCUGCGCAAACUACAGAACCUUGUUAAGCUUGUGUAAAUACGAUAGACCCAUGACUCUGAAGAAUGUGUCCAGUUUAACUGGCUGUAUGUCAUUGGAAAAGUUCAAAAUGUUUCUUUUUAGUUUGGCUUCAUAACAACCCCCAACACAGAUAUACAGGGACACAACAUUUUAACAAUCACUUUCAAAGCUUUACACCAUGGCAGGUGAGAGUAACCGUACUAGUAAAAAUCCCAUAAGAGAUUUCCUUUCCUUUUGUUUUCUUCCUGCUUUAUCUUGUUCUCUGUUAUUUUGGCUUAUCCACCUCCACCAGGUUGUCCUGGUAGAAACAAUGAGCGAAUCAGCUCCAACAUUCCUCUGUUAAAGCUUGCGCUGAGGGGAAAACAAGUUGUAGACCUGGUGAAAUUAUGGGGUGACUGGCAACAGUAAGAGAAACAUGUUUGUAGGUCCAACCACGCUCUAUCACCUCAUUAUCAUUUGAGGAAGUUUCCGGGCUGGAGGUGUGUUUCCUUUGGAGACGAGUGUAGUACCAGACAGGACAUGUGUUGGCAGAGACGUAGCCGUCGCAAAUCAUGCCUGGCUGUCACGUUUUAUCUCCCUCUGAAAAGAAUAACACAGAGUCUCAUUAUCUCAGCGGCACAACAGAGCACCUGUGUUCACUUCCAAUGAAAGAGCUGGUGAGAUUGAGUUUGCGGCGUGUGAACGAACCAGCAACAACAACUGCAGGCUAACAAAUAUGCAAGAGACUGAACUUCAGGUGCCGUAGUAAAUGUUACACAAACAUUAAAUCACAAUGGAUCGAGGUGCUUUUAUUCACCAAAAAACUGAGGUGACUGAAGUACCACUAUUUUUGAUACAUUUUUACUGAAGUACAAGUAAAAGUACUGGUCAAAAAAAUGUACUCUAGUUAAAGUAAUAAAAAAGUGUAAAAUGUACUCAGAGUAAAAGUUACUAAGUUACUUUGAUAACAAGGUUGGGGUAUCACAUGAAUUGUUUUUAAUGAAAGGCACACCAUUACAAAUUAAACACAUCAUGUAUCAGUCAAAGGUUAUAAAUCACUCACUGAUAACUGAGUAAUUAUGUCAAUAUCUGUUUUUUUUUUUUACAAUUUACACACACCUUAUUGCAAAAAUGACCACUUCCAAAUUAAAUCUAUCAAAAAAAAUCUCCAAACUGAAAUCCACUCCUCAAACAUAAUCAACGAUGAACCACUUGCAGCUGCCAUCGUCAUCACCGCACCUGCGUGUGAUUGCUCAGACGCCCAUAUAAGGAGGUGCCAAGGACAGACUCUGUUUAAAUCUCAGGGCUGUGAGAGACACAAGCUCAACAUGGGGAAAAGCAUUUGUAAGAUUUCUAGAAAAUAAACUGAGGCUGUUUAUAACAGUGA